AUGGCGGGCACCCGCCCGCCACCGCGGGACCGCUUGCUGAGCGCGCUGGCGUGGGCCGCGCUGCUCGCAGCCGCCGGCAGGCUGCCCUGCGGCGCCCUCGUGGGCGGAGGCGCCGCCCGCGCGUCUCCGGCGCCGGCCCGGCGGAGGGCCCAGGCCGCGGGCGCCCUGCCCCCCCGGCCCGCUGCGGGCGGCAGCGGCCUCUUCGUGGGCGGGGGCGCCGCCCGCGCGGCUCCCGCGCCGGCCCGGCGGAGGGCCCAGCCCGUGGACAUCGUGCCGGGCAGGCGGGGGGGGCCGUGCAUCAUCGUGAUCUCCGACAGCACGGGGGAUACCGCGAAGUUCCUGUUCUCCAGGGCGCUGGAGACUUACGAUUCGGCGCAGCGGCCAGGAGUCACGCUCUACAGCUACGUGACCAAGCCGAUGGAGCUGGCAGAGAUUCUCGCGAUGGAGACGUCCCACGGAUACUCCGAGCUUUAUGUUGUCGCCACUCUCGUUGAGCCCAGCAUGAUACGUUGGAUUGAGAAAUUGAGCGUCGACAUGGGCAUCCAGAACCUGAACUUGAUGAAGCCUAUGCUUGACGAGUUCAAUCUGUUCCUGGGCUCAAAGGCGGAGGGAAAGGCGGGAGCAACGGAUAGCAGCAGCAGCAUCGUCAUGCAACAGCUCGACGACCUGGUCAGCAAAGAGUUCCUCGGGAUGGUAGAUGCUGCGAACUUUGUGAGGUCCCGAAGCGACGCACGCCGUCCAGCAGACUGGCACGAGGCAGACAUCAUAUUGGUUGGGGUGUCGCGCUGCGGUAAGACCAGCGUCGCAAGCUUCCUCGCGCAGCGGGGAAAGAAAACGGCUUGCGUGAGGAUCGGGGCGGGCAAGCCCAUGCCCGAGGGCUUGGGGACCGCCGACCCCUCCAAGGUCGUGCUCGUCACGCGGAGCGCGGACCACAUCCUGAGGCGCCGAAAAAAAAGGGUGUCCCUGUGGAUGUCCAAGUCGAUCAGUCCGACCCUGCCGCACUCCCUGGACAACUACGCCACCCCAGACAAGGUCCACCAGGAUCUGGAGGUCUUCAGCCAGCUGGCGGGGAGCCACCCCGAGUGGAUGGGCCCGCUGGACUGCACCUACGCCUGCGAGGACGAGACGGCCUCGCUCAUCUUGGACGCGCUGGCCAAGCGCGCGGCCCUCCCGAGUGGCACCGCCGCGCCCGCGGAGGACCCCGCGCCGUCGCUGCCCCUCCUCUCGCUGGUGCCCGCCGCCCUCGCCCUGGGCUUCGUCCUGGGCGAGGCGGGGAAGGCGCUGGGCGAGGGCCGCCUGGCGGCCGCCGCGCGGCCGCCGUGGGGCGGCCGCGGGGGCUCGCUGCUCGCGGGGGUCAGGACCGCGUCGGGCAGCCGCCUGCGUGUACCGGGCGCCAGGGUCGCGGCGCAGCGGCAGGAUCUGCACGUCCGCAGCCAGGAGGCGGCGGCCAUGCGCAGCGAGGUCGGGGCCCUGGCCCAGAGGGGGGCCGAGGGCGGCGCGGGCAAGUGCGUGUACCUCCUCUCCGACGACUCGGGGGAGGCGGCGCAGCUGCUCCUGUCCAGGCUGCUGGUGCAGUACGUGGAGCUCGAGUCUCCCAGCGUGGUGGUCUUUACGCAGCUGGACUCCGUCUCGAGGGUGAGGAGCAUCGUGGCGCAGGCCCAGAGCAGCCAGCAGGACGUGUUCGUCCUGGCGACGCUUCGGCAGCGCUCCCUCUCGGAUGCCCUCGCGGAGUUCGGGGGCGAGAUGGGCGUGCGAACGCACAAUGCGAUGGCAGGGCUGCAGCGAGUGAUGACACUGGCGAGCAGCAGCGUUGCCACAGAAGAGCUAGUCUUCAUGGACCAGCUGAUCUUCGAUGGCAGCACUGACAGCCUCCCAGCUGAUGGCUCGACAAGCGGCAUCAAGAAGGCGCAGGCUGUGGACUCCGACUUUUUCCUGAUGGCGGAGGCCGUGCAGUUCGCGCAGCAGCACAUCUCCGGCGUCAACUCCCGGGAGUGGGCAGACGCGGACGUGCUGCUGGUUGGCCCCUCGCGCGUGGGCAAAGAGACGGUCGCGUGUUAUUUGGCUCAGCGGGGUGUCAAAGUCGCAUGCUUUACAGCCGCUGAUGAACGAGCACCACCAGCUCUCUCGAGCGUUGACCCAAGGAAAGUUGUCUUUCUCACGAUGUCUUGCGAAUUUCUCUUGAGGCGAAGGGAGAACCAGGUGCAGCAGUUGAAGCGCAUGGGCCUGCCAGCAUUCUACGACGCAGGCUACACGAAUUGUCAGCUCAUCGAGAAUGAGCUCGACUCCGUGGUGCGGAUGGCGCACAAUCAGCGUGGUUCGAUUGGGCCCAUCGACAUUUCAGAUUACGACAUUGUUGAAGUCUGCGACAUUGUGUUAAGUGCUCUCAAGCACGCUUCGAUUGAAGCUUCAAGCGAGACCGUGCGAGUAUCAUAA